AUGAGGUCGCGCACAUCCUCGGGCGAGUCGUCGGACUCGAUGCAUCGCGCACGCGCAUCGGAUUCGGACCCGACCUUCUACCGACGUUCCCCCGACUCUACGCCCACACGACGUCGUUCUGCACAGCGUCGAGUUGCGGACGAGCCGAGCAUCCUGGGCUCGAUCGGAAAGCUGGUGCGGCUGGCACUGCUGGCUCUCGUGCUAGCUAUGGUGGUGCCGUACAUCAAGACGCGCAUGUUUGGAUCCACACCCAGCACGGUGGGUAAUGCGACGCGCGCAGUCAAGAACCCGUACAGUCAUGCCGAGAGUGUCAUCGAUGCGGUGCAGGCAGCUGCAAAGGAGCCAGACGUGUUUAACUUUAAGCACGAAGACUAUCUGCGCCAAGGCGCCCCCGCACGUCCAUCCAUCGCUGUUCAGCCCAAACCAAAGCCGAGCCACACCUCGAAAGCAAUCAAACCACGCCCCACGAUCGACGACGAAUCAGAUGGACCAGGUGUCAUUUCGCAAGUCAUGACGGUCGUAUCUUCAGUCGCAUCCCUCUUGGUGACUGCUGUGCGCUUCAUUGCGAUUCCUUUCAGGCUUUCAGGUAGGGCGGUUGGUUCGGGCGCUGUAUGGAUCUGGUCGAUGUUCAGAUUGGCACUGUCGCAUGCACUUCGACCAUUAGCGUAUGCUCUGGCACCACUCAGCUACCUUAUUUCGGGCAUCCUCUACGUCUUCGUCCACGUUCCUCUGCGUGUGAUCACAACGGUUGCAACAGAGCUCUACCCGGUCUACAUCUUCCUUGGCGCCGCUUCCGUCGUUGGCAUCACCAUGGGCAUCGUAGCGGCAGCAGUGCUCUACCUCACAGCUUUCAUCUUUGUCGACCGCAUCCCACCCCAACACAAAGUCGACAUCCGAAACCAAGUGCAAAACGACUACUUCAACAGCAACCCCAAACAAUCUUACCCACGCAGUCGCUCGGUCUACCCGAACUACUCGCAGCUCAACAACCAAGCCUCCUUCCAGUCCAGCUACGGUUAG